AUGCCCAAACGAUCAACAACUCGAAUGAGCCUGGAACAGAAACACCUUUUCGCUCGAAUCUUUCCCAACUAUCCCAUAAACCAGGCGCUCGCAAAAUCAGUCAUGGACGCGGCACGAGAAAAGACGCUCCGGGAACACUUCGCCUCAUCAGCGGCCAAUAUCCGACCCAUUAUGACUUCCCUCAAUGGCGACAAUUCUUGGCUCCUGUCCUUCCCCCGCUCACAGUCUGAGCGUGCAACAACAUGCAAGGCGUACUACCACAUCAUUUUUGAACCAUGGCUCAACGGCCCGACCAGUCAAUUGACCUCGUGGGUCAUCCACCUCAGGCAGUCGACGACACCGGCAGUCACCACUGCAGAAGGCGUCGCAAUGCUGGCACGUCAGAUCGAGGCUGCAGCCGCAACAGCCGUGGGCAUCGACAAGAACGCAUUCAAUGGAGAUGCACAGCAGACCCGAGACAUUGAUGCGAUUUUCCUCGGCUUCCACUAUCUCGACCAUGUACACGAGCCUACACUCCGGCUCUUCGACCCCGACAUCCCGGUCCUCGCGACUCCUGAGGUCCAAGCAAUGAUCAAGCCAUGGAAUCACUUCUCAAAUAUCUUGACCAUCUCCAGUCUCGACGCCUCUGCUAAAUCCUGGCGCACCCCAAACCUUCAUCCGGGAGAUCCCUUUCCCUCGUGGCUAACGCCCAUCCGACUGCUGGGCCACCAUGAGCUCAAUUAUGUGACGGUUCUCAUCUGGACACAUGCGGAUAGAAACAACAAUGAGAUUCAUGAAGCCAUCCUGCAAACCCCACACGGCACGAAGCUGGACGUUGGUCCACUGCAGGCGUUUCUGGACUCAGAGCCUAAAACAGAAAAGCUGGCACUCUUGCACGGACUCAAGGAGAGUCGCGCAAUGGGCAAGAUGAACACCUAUGGCGCCGCCGGUGGCCUCGCGCUGUACCGUAGGAUUGGAGGUGCAAAGUACUGGGUGCUGACUCACCAUUCGAAGCUGUGGUAUUCGGGGAUCCUCUUGAGGCUUUUGUGGGUACAUGAUACGGUACGGACACUGCAGUGGGCUUUGGACGAGGAGGCGAACAUUGAUGGCAAGGGGUUGGAGCUCCCAGGCGGGACACCCGACCUCAUCGAAGUCGAGAAUGGCCAUUGCUUUGUGUUGCUAUAG